UUCCUCCCGCCAGGCGCCGCCCGCCGCCUCCGCAGCGCCCGCCCUCCAUCCCUCUGCGCCCGCUCCCGGCGGGCGCGGUGCUGGGGUAGCGCCGUGCCAUGGAGGAGGCGGCGGCUGCUGCUGCCGGCGCUCCACCGCCCGGGGAUGCUGCUGCUGGGGCCGAGCCAUCGCCCGGGGCCGCCGCCGCCGGUCCGCGCCGGCUGCUGGCGCUGCUCGGGGCCAAGCUCUGCACCUGGCAUAUUUGGAAAACUAUAUUUCUGGGCCAGAUGCUUUCCUUGUUUAUCUGUGGGACUGCUGUUACAAGCCAGUACCUGGCAGAAAAAUACCAAGUGAAUACUCCAAUGUUGCAAAGUUUCAUCAACUAUUCUUUGCUGCUUCUAGUUUAUACAACAAUGCUGGCAUUUAGGACUGGCAGUGGCAGUCUUUGGCAGAUUUUGAAACAGAGGUGGUGGAAGUAUAUUUUUUUGGGCCUGGCUGAUGUUGAAGCCAAUUACAUGAUUGUAAAAGCCUACCAGUAUACAACCCUCACGAGUGUGCAGCUCCUGGACUGUUUUGGGAUUCCUGUGCUGAUGGCUUUGUCGUGGUUCAUUCUCCGAGCAAGAUACAGGCUGAUACAUUUUCUUGCUGUUGCCGUCUGUUUGCUGGGUGUGGGAACAAUGGUGGGUGCAGACAUUUUGGCAGGGAGGCAGGACAGUGAAGGUAGUGACGUGGUGAUUGGAGAUGUCUUAGUGCUUCUUGGUGCUUCUUUGUAUGCCAUUUCUAAUGUGAGUGAGGAAUACAUUGUGAAAAAUCUGAGCAGAGUGGAGUUUCUAGGAAUGGUGGGCUUGUUUGGGACUAUUAUCAGCGGUCUACAGCUAGCCAUUGUGGAACAUAAGGAGAUAAUGAAAAUUCAGUGGAACUGGAAAGUUGCACUGCUGUUCACAGCCUUUGCCAUGUGCAUGUUUGGGCUGUACAGCUUCAUGCCGGUUGUGAUUAAAGUCACCAGUGCAACCUCUGUCAACCUGGGGAUUCUGACUGCAGAUCUCUACAGUCUCUUCUUUGGGCUUUUCCUGUUUUUCUACAAGUUUUCAGGUCUUUACAUCCUGUCCUUUGUUAUCAUCAUGGUGGGCUUCAUCUUGUACUGCUCCACUCCUACUCGGACGGCAGAACCCACGGCCCUGCCACAGCCCAGCAGCGCCGGCUUGGACAACGCUGCACUAAAGCUCGAGGAGAGCGACAGUGAAACCCCAGCCGUAGCUGUGCAGUUCACAAGAGGAGAAACUGUGGUGGUCAGCACUGAUUAAAGAAAUAGCAGCACUUCAAAACAGAGCUUUUUUUUUUAAUUGCCAAAUUUCCCUCAAAUAUUAAUCGAGAGAAUUGUCCUACUGCCAAGGCGCAUGUCGUACUGUGCUGCGUUUAACGCACUGGAUAGACUUUUAAGGCCAGAUCCUCAAUCAGUGAAAUUGUAUUGAUUUGCCCUUGCAGAAAAUCUGGCCUUUAGAUGAAGACAGAUUACUAUUUAUGUGGAGUCUCUGGAAAGUGAGAGACUGUUAUUUUUAAGUGCUUAAUUAACUUAACAACAAAUGCUUGGGGAAAAAACUAAGCCAAAGCAAGCUCUCAGGUCACUAAGUGGAGCAAAUAUGUUUUAUAUUGCAUUAGGGACUUAAAUCUGCACGAUGCUGUCUGAGGGCUUCACGGUUUCCAGCCCUCGGUGCUGGGUGCUCUCAAACAGCAUCUUGCAAAAGCUGCUCAGCUUCUCACAGGGCCUGGUUCUGCAAGCCACAGUACAUUCACACACCCUCUACGUGCCCAUGGACUUCAUUCCUCUACGGAAGGAUUUGCUGCCUACAUUCCACCCAAAUGUUCAUCUCUUCAUAUUGCUGCACUCCCUGUCGCAGCUGGGGCUGCUAUGUGUAUUUUAUUUUGAAUUUUGCUAGUAUGGGAAGUCUGAAUAUGUGUUUUUAUAAUUCCUUCUGUUUCUCUCUGUGGCCUUCUGUUUGGUGCAUUCCCAUUAGCUGUGGGGGAGGCAAAGGCAGGCUCUUCCUCUCUUCAGUAGAACUGAAAGUGUUUUUGUUUUCUGGAUUAGAAAGCAAAAAGGUUUGAAUAGAAGUUCACUUCUCAGUGAAUUUCUCCCUGAAAAGGGACACAUUUCUGCUGAAAGAGUUGUUAUAAAAUUGGCAUUUCUUCAAAAAAUUGAAUCAUCUAAGCCAACUCUCAUUGCAACAGUAGUGACAUAAUAUCCAAAAGGUUAGAUGCUUUCAGUAGAUACACUGGCAAUUUUCCUACCCCUCUUUAUAUUUACAAUAAAUGAUUAAAAAAUACAAGGCUGCAGUUUUAAGAUUAGUAAAACCAUACUGGGAUUUUAUUUUAUUUUAUAUUUUGUACAAGACUUCAGAGCUCAGGUGUAUGAAGUAACAAAAGAAUAAAGUAUUCAGCAGCUGGA